GUCAUACGAGCCAUAUACAAUAAAGAGACUCAGAGCUUGAAUAUAUUUUUUGUCUUUUAAAAAGAAAAAUUGUUAGAAAACGAUUUCUAGUGUUUUUCGAAGUGUGUGUAACUGAAUUUAACUGUAUUUUAAAUAUUUCUCAAAAUACUCAUUCAUAUUUAUAUCACACAUAUGUAUGUGGCUAAAUAAUUCAACAAUUAACUAAAGGAUGUACGACAAAGAAAAUUGAAAAAUUUCAUAGAAGUGAAAUCCCAAAAAAAAAAAAUUACAAUUUUUGAAAAGUGAAACGAGUUUUUGACAGCAAUUCAAGUGAAGUGCGAAUGUAAACAAAAAUAAUAAAAAAUAAACACUAGGAUUCUAAAAACAUAACUACGUCACAUUCCCGCGCAUAUCAUUAUUUUCGAACACUUUGUUCAAAACCAAAAAUUAUUCCAAUAGUAUUUAUGCAUUGGUCGAGAAAAAAAUUGCCAUGAAAAGGAAAUACGUAGCACGAAAUCACACGUUAAAUUGGCCGUCGAAGUUCCUUAGUCUGUUGGGUUUAUUAUUUUUAUUCAUAUGCAUAGUCUCUAGUCAAGACGAAGCCAAGCCAAUUACGAAAACAUUUCCCGCGCCAAAGUCGCUAUCAACUCCAACAACAGAUCCACCGCCGACUGAAACGGAACCUCCUGCUAAUGAUACAGAGACGCCGCCACAAACGGAACCUCCUCCGCCCGUAGCAAAUGUUGCGACAUCUCCGCCGCCAACGCUGGUAGCACCACAAAAGUCUAACGAUACAGGUUCACGCAAACAUUCACGAGAAGAUAAAGACAGUAAUUUAUGCGAAGAUGGUCUCAUCUUAAACGCUUGGCGCCCAUUGGAAGGUAUAACAAAAGGAGAACGCGCAUUACGUGGCACCGUUUACUUGCUUACAAUGUGUUUCUUAUUCAUUGGAGUCGCCAUUGCAUCGGAUCGAUUUAUGGAAGGUAUUGAGGUGAUCACAUCCAGUGAGAAACGUGUACAUGUACUGAACAAAAAUGGUCAGAGAGAAACCAUAACGGUACAUGUAUGGAAUGAGACUGUGGCUAACUUGACGCUAAUGGCCUUGGGAUCGAGUGCACCCGAAAUUUUACUUUCCAUAAUCGAAAUGUUUCAAAAGAAUUUCACUGCUGGCGAUCUAGGUCCAGGUACGAUCGUUGGCUCGGCGGCAUUUAACCUAUUCGUCAUCAUUUCCAUUUGCAUAGUUGUUAUACCGAAAGGUCAAGUGCGAAGAAUACAACACUUUCGUGUAUUUAUUGUGACAGCUAGUUGGUCGGUAUUUGCAUAUUUAUGGAUGUGUGUUAUUACAAAGUUCAUAACGCCGAAUGUUAUCGACAUAUGGGAGGGUUUAGUCACAUUGAUAUCCUUCCCGAUUUUCGUUUACCAUGCCUAUAUCACGGAAAAACGUCUCUUCUGUCCGGGAUGUUAUAAGCAAUCGUAUGAUGCAACCCAGCGGAGCAUUAUCAAGGCCUCAAUCGACUCGCCCGAAUCCGACGCGGAACCAAUACGCUCAAGUAUUAAAGAUUUAGUUGAGUCUCCGGAAAUGCGCGAAUUCGAGGAACAACGUCGCGAAUACAUCACCAAACUGAAGGAAUUAUAUCGCAGAUAUCCCCAAUUUGAUUUGGAAACGAUUCAAGCAAUGGCCCAAGAGCAUUUAAUACGCGAGAGCUCGAAGUCAAGAGCUUUCUAUCGCGUACAUUCGGGACGUCGCCUAACUGGUGCCGGUGGUUUAUUGCGAAGGGCACGUGAUUAUGCAGCUUUGGAAAUUGGCGAAGCAAAAGCCGAAUAUCGUCUGCAAGUUGAAGAGGAAGAGGGAGGGGAAAUUGAUGAUGAAUUUGAGACACGUCUGUAUUUUGAUCCCGCUCAUUAUACAGUCUUGGAAAGUGUUGGCGAUUUGGAGGUACAUGUGGUACGUGCGGGUAGUUUAUCGAAACUAACCAGAGUCGAAUACUACACCCAAGACGGCACAGCCGAAGCUGGUUCAGAUUAUGUUGCCGUCAGUGGUGUGCUCGAAUUUCCACCGGGUAUUGAAGAGCAGACAAUUAGUAUAACGAUUAUCGAUGAUGAUGUGUUCGAAGAAGACGAACACUUCUAUGUUCAUCUUAAGAAACCCAGCGACGAUGCUGUACUCAUCGCACCCAGAGUAGCGACCGUCAUGAUCUUAGACGAUGAUCAUUGUGGCAUUUUCGAAUUCAAAGACAAGGAGCACAUUAUACCGGAAAAUGUGGGAAUCUACGAAGUGAAAGUGAAACGUUAUUCAGGCGUUCGCGGUAAAAUUAUUGUACCGUAUCAUAGCAAAGAGAAAACAGCAAUAUCAGGCAAAGAAUAUAUGGAUGUAAAAGGCGAACUAGUAUUUGAUAACGGCGAAUAUGAAGUUUCUAUAGAAGUUGAGAUCAUUGAAGAGCAUAGUUUUGAAAAGAAUGUGACUUUCGAAAUGGUUCUUGGUCAGCCGAGAGUGGCAGACGACGAUCCACUGUUUCCGCAAAUACGCGAAGUUCAGCAAAAGAGUCACGAUGACAGAACAUAUCGAGAUAAUCUGCUAAUGUCUGGACUACCGAAACUGGCAGAUGUUUCCAAAAUAAAUUGCCAUAUUGUAGAAAGCGAAGAAUUCAAACAAACAGUCAAUAAGCUGGUGCAAACAGCGCAUGCCUCAAAACUGAUCGGUACCACCUCGUGGAAGGAGCAAUUUUUGGAUGCCAUGACCGUUUCAGGUGGUGGCCAUCUUAAUGUUGACGAUGAUGAUGACGAUAUUGAAUAUGAUGACGAUGAAGACGAUGAUGAUGAAGGUCCCAGCUUAUUCGAAUACAUCAUGCAUUUUUUGUCGAUUUUUUGGAAAAUCUGCUUUACUAUAAUACCACCAGCAAAGAUCUGCAAUGGAUAUCCCUGUUUUGUUAUAUCGAUUUUGCUGAUAGGUAUUUGUACUGCCGUACUUGCUGACGUCGCAUCUCACUUCGGUUGUACAUUGGGUGUACGAGAUGCGGUUACAGCUAUCUGUUUAGUAGCAUUGGGCACCAGUCUUCCAGAUACAUUCGCCAGCAAAGUGGCCGCCAUACAUGACAAAUACGCCGACAAUGCCAUUGGCAAUGUCACGGGCAGUAAUGCGGUGAAUGUGUUUCUUGGAAUCGGUAUAGCAUGGUCUAUGGCAGCUAUAUAUCAAGAGAUGAACGGACAUAAAUUUAAUGUACCCGCGGGCACUUUGCUCUUUUCCACCGCACUCUUUCUGGGAGAAGCGCUUAUUGCGUUCGUGAUAAUAGUCUAUCGCCGCAAGGAAUCCAUAGGCGGUGAGCUUGGUGGCCCGGUGGGUUUAAAGUGGUUUCAUGGCACUAUAUUAUUUCUACUUUGGAUCAUUUAUUUGGGCAUUAGUACAUUGGUGGAUUAUGAAGUUAUUCCAGGUUUUUAAAACAAUUUCAUAACAGCAAUUGUGCGGGGCGUCAUGUCAUAAGAAAUUCCAUUAUGUAUGUAUACACACUACCGUUAUAAUACAG